AUGGCCACCAACACCGACCAUGCCUUGCUUGAGGCCAUUGUUGCCCUUAUCUGGGCCUGUCUGCUUGUGCCUGCUCCCGGCAAGAACGGUCUUUUUGCUGAUUUUUUCUUCGACAAGGCAGUGCUACUCAACAUAGCUGCAUCUGCCUCACUAUCCUUUUGCCCUGGACUCCUCGAAGCUGCACAAGCCGCUACCCCACCUUCAUUAGACUUCUUCCGCAAUACGUCUUCUGAUGGUGUUGGUCGAUGGGGUGUGUACUGCCUUGUGCUGGAAAAGCCUGGUCACAUACCUCUGGUUUAUAUCGGAUCAGGCACCAAGGCGAAGACAGGUCUUCGAGCUCGCUGGCAACAGUAUGAGCAGCUCAAAUACCUCAACCUAUGGCCCAGGUGGGUACUCAAAGCUCACCGCGACGGUUACAGGAUAGUCCACAAGGGAUGGUUGGUGUCGGCUCCCAUACCUGUCGCUGUCAACGUCCCUGCUUUUCGUCUGCUUUUCAUCGCAAUGGAAGCUACAUUUGCUUUCCUACUCUGGACUAUGAAGUCAAGCACGAAGGACUAUCAUAUGGGGUCUUGCUGCCCAUGGCCUCGCCAAAAAGGACUUUUCGGCUAUGGCGGUCUAUGCAAUCACAACCCUCUCACCGAAAGUGUGGUUGGUAACUUCGAUCUUACCGCCCAGCAACUCACAGCUCUUGACGUCGCUAAUCGUGAGCGCCGUAACGCCCUCUCUGUCGACUACCGUGUGAAGGCUAUGGCUACCGACCCAGCACGUCGCCUUGGACUGGAGCGCGAGACAUUCACUACCGUUGCGGACAACCAGCAGACUGUUCAAUUCCCCGUCUUCCAGGGUGAGCGUGUCAACUGCGAGGACAACACCUCUCUCGGAGAGUUCACUCUCGCACCCAUCCCUCCUAUGCGUGCUGGUGAGGCCGUCCUUGAGGUCGUCUUCGAGGUCGACGUCAACGGUAUCCUCAAGGUCACCGCUACCGAGAAGACCUCUGGCCGCAGCGCCAACAUCACCAUCUCCAACGCCGUCGGAAAGCUCUCAUCUGCUGACAUCGAGAACAUGAUCAACGACGCGCAGAAGUUCAAGUCCAGCGACGAGGCCUUCUCCAAGAAGUUCGAGUCAAGGCAACAGCUUGAGUCUUACAUCUCCCGUGUUGAGGAGAUGAUCUCCGACCCCACCACAUCCAUCCGCCUCAAGCGUGGCCAGAAGGAGAAGAUCGAGUCUGCUCUCUCCGACGCCAUGGCUCAGCUCGAGGUUGAGGAUGCCCCCGCUGAUGACCUGAAGAAGAAGGAGCUUGCCCUCAAGCGCACUGUCACCAAGGCUUUCUCCACCCGAUAA